UUGCAGCCAGCCAGUCAGCCAGCGCUCACCUUGCACUCGCACCACCCGCCCAGCCUGCCGAGCUCAGCUCAUCGCCCUCGUCCCUCCUUCCUUCCGUUCCGUCUCCUCAACCACUCCAGCUUUCAAUUCCCCGUUCACCCUCAGCUCCCUCUGCCCACCUUCUUCAAUUCGUUCGAGCUCGGGAGCAUUAAUCCAGUCCAUUCGAUCGAUCCAUCGUCGCUCCACUGCGUGCGUGCAUUCCGUCGAUCCAUCCAUCCGCCACGAAAAUGGGCAGGAAAGGCCUGGUCUCCAUCUUCUCCAGGCUCGCCGUCGACUCCGCCCCCGCCGCCGGCCCGGCGACCCCGCCGUGGCCGUGGCCGCCCUGCGGGACCAACCCGAGGACCGCGUCCUUCCGCGCGGCGGGCGGCGAGUUGCCCUGCUGCGCGACGACGACAGCAGCCGGUGCCAGCCGGGGCGGCCCUGCCGCGACGACGACCGGGAAUAACAAGCUGAUGGUCCGCGGGGCGGCGCCCGGCGAAAUGUACAAGACGGUCAACUCGGUCUACUUGGACGACCCCGCCGCGGACGUCGACUUCUUCUCCCUCGCCGGCGACGGCGAGGAGGAGGAGGGCGGGCUGCUGGACGACGUCGACAGCUUCUCGACCACCACCGCGUCCGAGGAGUGGUCGGAGGCCGUGAUCCGCAGCCUGGGGCGGACGCCCACCGACCGCUUCUUCUUCGACCCGGGCCCGCUGCCGGCGUCCAACUCCAUCCUUGCGACAUCCGCCCCCUCGCCGGCGAGCAGGACGCUCCCUGCUGCUGCGGAGGCGAAGACGAAGACGGUGACGCCGCCCGACUCAGAGGCAGACGACGACGCGAAGACGCGGCAGCCGUGCGCGCCGUCGAAAUCGCUGGCGGAGGGGAGCGUGGCGGUAGCGUUGGACUCGGGCGACCCGUACGGGGACUUCCGCGCGUCCAUGGAGGAGAUGGUGUCCGCGCACGGGCUCCGCGACUGGGCGGCGCUGGAGGAGCUCCUGGCGUGGUACCUCCGGAUCAACGGCAAGCAGCACCACCACCUCAUCGUGGACGCCUUCGUGGACCUGCUCCUCGGCCUCGCGUCCUCCGAUACCGCCGCCGAGACGAGCACAAGCACCACCAGCAGCAGCAGCAGUGGCAGCGCGUCCGCCGGCAGCCGCUGCACCACGAGCACGAGCACGAGCACAGCGGCCACUACCACCAGUGCCGGUGGCGACGCCGCUAUUGUUGCUGCUACAGCUGUGACGACCGCAGCGGCGGUGGCGCAAUGCGGCGGAGGAAACGAAGCCGCCGCAUAUUGCUCCUCGUCGUCGUCCUCGUGCGCCGCCGGGCCUGACAUCCAGGACGACGUGGAGGAGGAGGAGGAGGAGGAGAAGGCCAGUAGUGGUGCUGCCGCCGGUGCUGAUCUUGCUCGUGCCGCGACUAGUGCUCCCCUGCGUGUCCCGCAAUCGAUCGCCUAGCUAGCGAUGUCGAUGGCUUGCUGCCGGCUGCCUGGUGCUGGUGCUGGUGCUGGUUAGUGUUUUGAUGAUUAACCAACCAAAUUAACGACAAGAUGAUUAAUCGGAGUAGGUUUUCUUAUCGAGUUGCUUCUUAUUUUAGUGGUAGUAGGAGAAGUGGUAGGUGGGAUCGUAGGAAGAGGAUCCAAUGCAAUGUAUUGCAUUUGCAUGGGUAGAGAUGAGAGAAGCAAGCUCAUUGCUGACAAUUCAAUGCAGCAAGAGCAGCUUAGCUUCAGGAACAAUUCAUGGAGCACCUUUACGGUAAUCUCAGACGUAUCCUCUUAUGGUCGUUCCUCUUACUUAUUUA